AUGUCGUCUGUUCAUUCGGAUGACGAUCAGGAAGAGAUCAACGUGGACUCUGAUAGUAGACUAUCAGGUCAAUAUGAUAGGAGCAUCGCUUCAGAAGAUCGUGAUUCUGAACACAGUUUUAACGAAAGAUAUAGGGAUUCUCCUAAUGAACACAUGACGGAUACGCAACAGCGAGUGAACCUACCUUUCAGUAUAUCACGGUUAUUAGGUAAACAGUUUGAAGAUAUAGACAAACGGCGGAAUUCCGGGGAGAGUGAUGAUAGAAGUGAUCAAGAUACUGAGUCGGAAAGUGCUAAAGACGAUGCUAAAGAGACUGGGUUGCCUUUAAGUUUUUCUCAUAAUCCAGGACUUUAUCCAAAUGGCAGUUUGUUACUACGACCAGGGCUAGGUCUAGGUGGAGGUUACGGUUUUCCCAGUAACCCGGGGGUUGUAAGAGUGCCGGCUCAUAGGGCUUUGGGUGCUUUGGGUGCGUGGGGCGUAGCCCUAGACCCAAUGAGGCAAGCUGCAGCUGCUGCAUUUGCGCAUCAAGUUGUGAAAGACAGGUUAAAUGCCUCCUUCCCCAUUACGAGGCGGAUCGGCCACCCCUAUCAGAACAGAACGCCACCCAAACGCAAAAAGCCGCGGACUUCCUUCACAAGGAUGCAAAUAGCAGAAUUAGAAAAGCGUUUCCAUAAACAGAAGUACCUUGCUUCAGCAGAACGAGCUAGCCUCGCGAAGACGCUGAAAAUGACCGAUGCGCAAGUUAAAACGUGGUUUCAGAACAGAAGAACGAAAUGGAGACGACAAACAGCUGAAGAGCGAGAGGCUGAGCGUCAAGCAGCAAACCGUUUAAUGCUCUCCCUUCAAGCGGAAGCGCUUAGCAAAGGCUACAUACCAGAACCGCCUCCAGGUGCUCCUUCGCUGUCAGCGCUUCAUUAUCAAACAUCAAACUCCGGACAACCACCGCAACCUAACACCGCUUUAAGCGCUCUACAAAAUCUCCAACCUUGGGCAGGAAACCAGGGUUCGUUUAUGAAUGCACCUGGAACCGCUGGACCUCCUCAUCCACCGCCUGUUGCAUCUCCUAUAUGUUGAGUUUUAAAUGUAAUUUAUUAUAGGGAUAGUUUGACAUAAAACUUUAGGCAGUUCUGAGCAAUACACGAAAAGCAU